UCUGGAAUAAACCGAGCGGCUCUAACCUACUUCUCCUCGCAGACGCAGCAGCCCGUCGGUCGGUCUGCCGGUCCGAACCGCGUCCGUGGGUCCGACUCGCACCGACAAGUCGGUGUCUCCGCGUGUGUGAGCCGCUUUCUUCUCGAGUGGACCGGGAGAGCCGCUCUCUCCCCGCACCCUCAUCUUUUCAUGACCGGAUUAGUGUUUUGCUGCGCGGUGUACAUGGACAGAAGCAGCCUGAGCAGAGGUCCCGCCUCCUCCAGCCCCAGCUUGCUAGCAAAGACUCUCGCUCUGGAUCCCACCUGCUCACCCUGUAGCCACCAGAGCGAGCUAGAUGCAGACACCCCACAAGAGCUGAUUUGUGACCAGGGGCCAGCCCCCCUGGUAUCAUCUCCUGGGUCUGUGGUGACAGAGUGUCGCUCUCUUCCCGUGGAUGAGUGUGGUGCUACAGAGCCGUCAGCCACCGCCUCCCUGACCCAGAUCAGGACCCCGGUACUUGGACCCAAGCCUCAGGUCCCCCCAAAGCCUCCCCACCUCCAGACCGGGGUAUCACGGCCUCGGCCCCUCGCUCCUGACAAGCCUCUUCCCCCCUGGCCACCCUGCAGGGCCUCACCGACAGACCCUCGGCUAGGCCGGGCUCCACCCUCCCGCCUGGAUGGCACCGCCUCCCCGACCUGUGUUCUGUCGCUCAUUGAGAAGUUUGAACGUGAGCAGAUCAUUGUCGUUCCUGACAUCACAGGGGGAGCAGUCUGCCCUCGCCUCCCCGAGCCCCCCUCCUCUGGCUCCUCCUCCCAGCCUUCAUCGCCACCUUCACUAGCAUCCCCAGCCUCUCACCCGCCUGAUGAGAAGCUGGACUCUGGAGUCCCAGGGGAAGAGGAUGAGGGUCACCUGCAGGAUGAUGACGAUGAUGAAGAGCAGGUCUGUCGCGGCCGUGUGUGUCACAAGCGCUUCUCCCUGGAGUCAGGAUAUAGUGCCUCUGAGAAUGAGUCUGUCGGCGUCGACUCAAGUGACCAGAAACCCAUCGUUCUGAAACCACCCACGGCCCCUUCAGAGUCUCUGCCCCUCCCCUUGUCCCAGUCAGAAGGGAAGGUGGCCAAUCGAGACAGCGGCAUCGACAGCCUCAGCUCACCAUCGCACAGCGAGGAGCUUUGCUUUGCCGGCGUGGACGACGGCGGUGUGGUUUACCAGUACCUGACCAGUUUGUCAUUGUACGGUGGCGAAAGAAAGGAUGAGGACGAAGGGGCAGGGAGGGGGCAGGACCUCUCUGAAGACAGAGACAGUGACCUGGAGGAGGAAGUGGAGCUGACCCUGGUGCUUCCAGCCAGCAAACCAGAAGACCUGUCGGAGUUGACAAUCAACCAGAGGGUCUUCAACAUCGCCAACGAGCUGCUCAACACUGAAAUCACAUAUGUGUCGAAGCUGCACCUUCUGGACCAGGUCUUCUGUGCUCGACUUCUGGAGGAAUCACGCUGCAGAUCUUCCUUCCCGUGUGACGUCAUCCAGGGAAUCUUCUCCAACAUCUCCUCCAUAUGCUGUUUCCACCAACAAUUUCUGCUGCCAGCGCUGCAGAAGCGGAUGGAGGAAUGGGACUUGAACCCUCGGAUCGGAGACAUUCUGCAGAAGCUAGCUCCGUUUCUGAAGAUGUACGGGGAGUAUGUGAAGAACUUUGACAGAGCCAUGGAGCUGCUCAACUCCUGGACACAGAGAUCCGUUCCAUUUAAGACCAUCAUCCAGGAGAUCCAGCGGGAGGAGUGCUGUGCCAACCUCACGCUGCAGCACCACAUGCUGGAACCGGUCCAGAGGAUCCCACGUUACGAACUCCUGCUGAAAGACUAUCUCCACACCCUUCCUGAGGAUGCUGCGGACCACAGUGACGCCCAGAAGUCUCUGGAGUUGAUCGCCACGGCAGCAGAACACUGCAACGCUGCCAUCAGGAAGAUGGAGCGCAUGAGGAAGUUGCUGAAGGUGUACGAGCUGCUGGGCGGGGAGGAGGACAUCGUGAACCCCACCAAUGAACUCAUCAAGGAAGGACACAUCCUCAAACUUUCCAACAAGAACGGGACCACUCAGGAUCGCUACCUCAUCCUGUUCAAUGACAGGCUGCUGUACUGUGUACCAAAGCUGCGUCUGAUUGGACAGAAAUACAGCGUCCGCGCUCGCAUCGACGUGGAUGGCAUGGAGCUGAAGGAACCGAGCUGUGUCGCUGUUCCUCGAACCUUCCUGGUGUGUGGGAAACAAAGGUCCCUGGAGCUGCAGGCCAGGACAGAGGAGGAGAAGAAGGACUGGGUCCAGGCCAUCCAGGCGACCAUCCUGCGACACGAGCAGACCAUGGACAACUACAGGCACCUGACUCUGCUGAGGGAGCAGGAGUCAUCGCCGCCACACUCCCCGAGCUGUGCGGAGCUGGGGAAGCGUGCGCCGACCCCGGUGCGGGAGAACGCCGUGACUCUGUGUAUGAAGUGCCAGGAGCCAUUCAACUCCAUCACCAAGCGCCGACAUCACUGUAAAGCCUGCGGACAUGUUGUUUGUGGGAAAUGUUCCGAGUUCCGCGCACGUCUGUCCUACGAUAACAACCGCGCCAACCGCGUGUGCGUGGACUGCUAUGCCACGCUGGUGGGCAUGAUGCCGACGCCUUGCCACCAAGCCUGCGGUGCCCAGAGGCGGCGCUCCAUCCUGGAGAAACAGGCCUCGCUGGCAGCAGAGAACAGUGUCAUCUGUAGUUUUCUUCACCACAUGGAGAAGGGAGGGGGGCGCGGCUGGCAGAGGGCCUGGUUCGUGAUUCCUGAGAAUGAGCCGCUCGUGCUGUACGUGUACGGAGCGCCGCAGGACGUGAAGGCGCAGCGCAGUGUUCCCCUCAUCGGCUUCGAGGUCUCCCUCCCUGAGCCGAGCGACCGCCUGGACCGCCGCCACGCCUUCAAAAUCACCCAGAGCCACCUGACCCUCUUCUUCAGUGCCGAAGGGGAGGAGCUUCAACUCAGGUGGAUGAACAUCCUAGCUCGGGCCGGGAGAGGGGAGGAGCCUGUCAUCUCCAAACCAAUCGUGGAGAGUCUGGAGGAACGGGAGGAGCUGGCAGAGGGACACAGCAUGUGAGGGAUUUUAUAGCUACUACAUUACCCAUGAGCCUCUCCUCCUCCACGCCUGAAGCACAAGAACAGCAAGGGGCAUGGACAAGGUCUUGUGAUCUCAGCUGGGCCUUCAAACUCAACAUCUGAUGGAGCUGAGAGGAAGUGAUGUCACUUUAUGUCAGACGGAUUCCACGAGGAGCCACUGCACUUCCGGGUUCUUCAUCUUCAGUCGCGCCAUGGUUCUUCCCCAGUUGAAAAGCUUGGUUCUUUAUCUCACAUCGUAGCUGCUCAUCAUAUCCCUGGUUAAACUCAUCCUCCCUUGUGGUUUUAAUCCAUGAUGGUUCUUCAUCGGCAGGUGAAGACCAUCAUACGCUCCGUUUUUAUGUUCCGUGCCUUCAGUCUCAUCACGCUUCAUAAUAAUCUUGCACCUGCUGACAUCACUUCCUACUAAGGAGCACAUUAACCUGGUGCUGUGUUUCUAUCAACCCUCAUGGAGGACUGCGGAUGAGGCAGCAUCAAACAAACAAAACAAGAAAAUAUGAAGACAUUUAAAAAUAUUAAAGUAUAUCUCACAAAGAUUAUAUUUACGUUCUUGUCUUACGGGGUUAUUGAUCACUUAAAAAAAUGAUACUAUAUUACAGUCAAUAUGUAAUUGAGUUAUUAAUCAGAUGCUUUUCUGCUCUGUCUCUCGACAAGGACAAUGCUGCGUUUCCAGGACUGGUCCAAUCGGACCCGGGCGCUGUACGUUUUAAUAAUGAGUCUGAAGUGACUGGGUCUCUGGCUGUUUCUCUGUGAUGUUUACUUGCUGACGUUUUGUAACCUGGUGAUGUCAUGAUCAUGUGACUCUGUUGAUGGUUGUUGCAGGUGACUAUGUUAAUGUGGAUGGUAACCAUGACAACCUUCAAAUUCCAGAUGGAGGGUCAAUGUGAUGCCGUGCUUUUUACACAUCCCCUCCCCGACAGAGACUGCCAAAAAUAAACAUUUAUACGAGAUUUUGAGCUGUGAUCUUUGAUUGUGAUGCCGACUGAUGUGAUGACUGAAGAUGAUGACGGUUACUGAAAUUAUAACCGUGAGUGUGAUGACGUCAGCAUGUUAUCAAUCUCAAUAAACUGUUGUAAAUGGGUGGCAGGCGACUGGUUAGUGGCCGGCCACUUCCAUACAUGUCAUUUCCCAUUGUUCCUGUUCUAAUGAGACCUUCUGUCAGAAAUGAGAUUUUUAAAAAUAAAAACCU